AUGGACAUCGACAAGUAUCUGUGCCGGCUUGAAGCCAUCUUCCAGGACAAGUCCCAGUACCGCCGGCUUCUCGCUCAAACUGGAGAAGUCGCACAAUCCUUACUUGACUUUCUGCAGCUGCUUAUCGACUGUCCAAGCGUUUCCAACGGUUUCCGCUCUACGUUAUGUUCUACCAUGAUCUGUCUCUCCAAAAACUCCGGUUUGCAUCCUCGAUGCCUUGUCAUCGAGAACGUUCGACAAGUUGGCGAUCAUCCGGUAGCUGGGGGAGGGUUCGGGGAUGUGUGGAGGGGUUAUUUUGAUGGUCCACACUCGCAACCGAGGCUUGUAUGUCUGAAAGUGCUAAGAACGUUUGAGUCGACUGAUGUAGAGAGGAUGUCUGAGCAAUACACGAGAGAGGCACUUUUGUGGAGGCAGUUGAAACAUCCAAAUGUUUUACCAUUCAUGGGCCUUUACUACCUCGAUGCAAGUCGACGAAGACUGUGUCUUGUUUGUCCGUGGAUGGAAAACGGGAACCUAGUUCAAUAUCUCAAAGCCAACGACAACGUGGAUCGUAUUCUGCUGCUCUAUGACGUCUCUUCUGGCAUGACUUAUUUGCACGAGAACAAAAUUGUCCACGGGGAUCUGAAAGCUGUCAACAUCGUGGUUACAUCGGAAGGUAGAGCCUGUAUUACAGAUUUUGGUUUAUCUCGUAUAGCAGAUUCAUCGGUCCUCACAAAUACUAACCCCACCUCACACUCCGGCGGCACGGUGCGAUGGCUUGCGCCCGAGCUAUUGAUUGGCGGCCAACGUUCGUCGAAGGAGAGUGAUAUGUAUGCUUUUGGAUGCUUGUGUUAUGAGAUCUUUACCGGAUUCAUUCCUUUUUAUGAACUUUCUAAUGACGGCUCUGUCGUCUUCCAAGUUUUGGUACAAGGAGCCCGCCCACGACGACCCGAAGCCCUGCACGUAGUGGUGCCUGAUGCGAUUUGGUGGCUCAUGGACUCUUGUUGGCAUGCUUUACCCUCUGCUCGGCCCACGGCAGAAGCGACGUUAAGUACCCUUACCAGCAUUGUUCCUCGUCAGACAGUUUCCCCUGCUUCGGAUUGGGAUGAGACACUCGUCACUGACCUGUGGGAGAACGUGGGUCGGCCACACCUUCUCCCGAGUACUGACUUACUCGGUAUUGAGAUGGUUCUAUCGCGACUUGCGGCUGACACCGAACUGCGGUCUCUUUCCGCUCCAGCUGUUAUUGAACAUCCCGACGAAGAUGUUCAGGUGCCUCUUUCUGGAGAAACCAGAUAUUUCGGAAAGUUUGUCGACGAAUCGUGCACUCGGAUUCCGUUGCAAAGGUCUCCUCUUCUUAUGGCCUCUCCUGAAAUGGCGUUUCUUUCCCAAAGGCCAACAGACGCCCUAGCUCGGCCUCAUUGGGCGGGCGAUAAUUAUGACCAUAUCGAGACAGGAGUUCUAUGGGACACUGAGACCUGGGGUGGCGAUUUCUCUAGCAGUGCGGUCAGACCACGCACCCCAUCUCUCACGUAUUCGUCAUCUAGCUCGAGUGUCAACGGUACCUCACCGCCCGCUACUCCUUCCAUUGCGGCUCGUGAGAUAGGAAGCACUCGGUAUCGGCUGAACAAAGACGCCACCGCUUUCAUACCAGGCUUUUCUCUACGGACGCGGACAAUGAGUAGAAUCGUCGUCAAAAGGCCCGAUGGGUCUGAAGUGGAUUUGGAGAAGCUCAAAAAUUGUGGCCCUCCAGGACUUGUUAUACCUAGUCGGAAGACUGUACGAAUGCAACGUCCAAUGCCCAACAGUCAAGGUUCGAAAGACGGAUAG